AUGAAGAGGAAAAAGUCGCUGGCGCAGGGACGGCCGCCGACAGUCAAGAAGCCGGCUGCAUCGCUGUCAGCCAGGGCAACCCGAGACCUCAUCCGGAGCCACCACCAGCUACACAAGGCGCGCGCAAGGGCAGCAGCAGAAGGCAACGAGGAGCUGGUGCGGCAGCUGGACAGCGAGAUAGCGGCGAAGGGCGGGCUGAAGAGCUACCAGAUCGCCAGCAAGAAGGGCCAGUCGAAGGAGCGCGGAGGUGAUUCCAGCCAUCUCCUGCUGCAAUGGCUGAAGCCGAUACUCAGCGGCAUCCAGCGGCAUCCAGAAAACGGCACAGGCAAACUGCGAGUUCUAGAAGUUGGCGCGUUGAGUAGUAGGAAUGCUUGCUCGAUGGUGAAGGUGCUGGACGUUACGAGGAUCGACCUCCAUUCGCAAGAGGCCGGAAUACUGCAGCAAGACUUUAUGGAACGACCAUUGCCAACUACCGACGGAGACAGGUUUCACAUUAUCAGCUUGUCCCUGGUGCUCAAUUACGUCCCCGAUCCCACAGGCAGAGGCGAGAUGCUACGCCGGACGAUCAACUUUCUCACAUCGAGCGUCAAGGACGACGUUCUGCCAGCGCUGUUCCUAGUACUACCAGCUGCCUGUGUGUUGAAUUCAAGAUACCUCACCGAAGAGAGGUUAGAUGACAUCAUGACAUCGCUCGGAUACCAGCAGCUUCAGCGGAAAUUGUCCUCAAAGCUCAUUUACUACCUCUGGAGAUACACCGAUGUCCACGUUAGGACCAAGGGGGUUGCCUUUCCAAAGCAGAUCAUCAACCCGGGGCCCGGCAAGAAUAACUUUGCCGUUGUUCUCAAGCCUUCUGCUUGA